AUUAAAGCAAUUAAGUGAAAAAGCAAACAGCGUAAUAAUGAAAAAGAGUAGAUUUUCUCUUAAUUGGCUUCAUCGCCCCUCCACGUACAUUGUUUGAUAAAUCUGAGACCUGCCCACUGCCCAGCAAAAGAAAGGAAUAAAGGGAUUGAUUGGUACGAAGGAUCCCGUUUUCAUCCAUUUAGAACCGAGCAAGAAUCUCCAGAAAACCUUCCCCGAAGUUGCUCUCCUUUGUCUUCGAUAAAAAACGCAGAAACCUAGAGGGAUAUAUAUAUAUAUAGAGAGAGAAGAGAGAGAGAGAGUGGGAAUGAGGUGGAGAAGAAAUUGAAUGAGAAGGGAGAGAUUGGGGUCCGAUGGCGAGAGGAGAGUGGGGGCAUAAUGGAAGGUGUUCAUACAAGAGGACAACUAUCAUUGUUUGUUCCGUCAACAUUGUUGUUGCUCUCUAUGUGCUCCAAUCUCUUUACACUUCUCUUUACAUGUACCCGUUCAGUGAUUCUCAGUCCACAUUUAAGUACACUGCAAAUCAGAUUAGGAAAAUGGAAGAGUCAAAUCAAAUACGAAGAGCAUCAGAACCCACAGAACUUAUUAAACUGGUGUCACAGUUAAAGCAAAGUUUGAAACAGAAGUUGAUAAAUGAGAUCCUAGAUAGGUUAAGAAGCUUAGAUGCUGCUGCCAAUGCAACAUUGCAACGAGAGGCUAUUGAUUCCUGGCGCAAGAAAAAAUUAAGAGAAGUUAAGAAAUUUAUUCGCGGGAAGACCUUAAAUUCUACAAUUUUGCCUGAGGAAGCUGGUGCUGUUGCAAAGGCUUUAAGUUCUGACUGGGUUGAGUUGUCAGAACAGAUUGGUCUCUGGAUUCCUAUUGAAAUCGUUAACAAGGAACAUGAUGACAAACCUGAGGGUGAAGAGGAUUUUGACGAGGAAAUCUUACCAGGCAGAAAGCUACCUCCUGAAUGCCAUGCUGAACUUCACACUGAUUACGAUGGUGCUGCUGUCAGAUGGGGUCUUACCCACCAUAAGGAGUCUGCUUAUGAUUGUUGUAUGGCAUGUUUGGAUCAAGCUAAACGUGCCAAACCUGGUGAAAUGAAAUGCAAUAUAUGGGUUUACUGCCCAUCUGAGACUGGUUGCUACUCUCCAGAUAUUUACGAACACAAAAAUCAAGAAUGCUGGCUAAAAUACUCAGAGAAGCCGAAAUUGAAUUUUAAGGACACGUACUCUGAAUCAUAUCGAGACUCACAUCCAAAAGCACCCGUUGUUGUUCCAUGGGUAUCUGGUGUCGUCAGCGUGUGAAUUAUUUUAUGCUAACAAAUUGGCAGCAAAGCUGAAGGGUUAGGUGGGCGGCGAUGUGGGUUGAGUUCUCGUUUUGUACCACACGAUAGUUAGGUUGGUGCUGUUGGCUUUUAAAAUUGGAAAGCCUGAGUACCAUUUGUUAUUGUUGAGGAGAAGAUUGAAGACAUGCGAAAGCUAUUUUGCUUCCAUGUAUCAUGAGAAAUUUGUUUCACUAUAAUUGACACACAAGUAGACUCUAAAUCAGAUGUUGUAUAUUAACAUUCUCUUUUAAUGACACUGAUUGAUUUUCCUACCAAGUCAGUAUGAAGGCA